AUGUCCUCAAAGGAUUUUUUCAAAGCAAGAACUAUACUGGCUCCCACACUAGACAUCGUUGAAGAGGUCAACAACCAUCUGAUGGCUAUCAUUCCUGGAGGGGAAAAAUUAUAUCUUAGUUCGAAUUCCAUUUGUAUGGAUGAAGGGAAUAUGGAGAGUCAACUAGAUCUCUAUGGUCUUGAAUUACUGAAUAGUAUAAAUUAUUCUGGUUUGUCUCCACAUAAAUUAAUACUCAAGGUUGGUGUUCUGGUGAUUUUACCAAGGAAUAUUGACCAAUCCAGUGGUCUUUGUAAUGGUACAAGGCUACAAGUUAAGAAGCUUGAAAAUCCUGUCAUAGAAUGUGAAGUCUUAACGGGUAACAAUGUUGGUCAUAUUACUUUGAUUUCAAGAAUGAAUAUGGUACCAACAAAUGAAACCGUCCCAGUUAGAUUCCAACGAAGACAGUUUCCCAUAAUAGUAUCAUUUGCCAUGACAAUUAAUAAGUCUCAGGAACAAACUUUAUCUCAUAUUGGAUUAUACUUGCCCAGACCAGUUUUUACACAUGGCCAACUAUAUGUGGCACUUUCAAGAGUUAAGAGUAAGAGAGGUUUAAAAGUUUUACUUAUGAAUCACGUAGGAAUGUCUGCAAAUUCAACCAUCAAUGUUGUUUAUAGAGAAGUCUUUGAAAAAAUAGUAUUCUAA